AUGGUCUGGGACUGGAUGAAAGACUACAUUGAGGAUAAAUACGGCCUCGUUGAGGCAACAAGUUACAAUCAGUUACAUUACUGGGUUAAAGAGGCCUGGCGGGAGCCCCGAGAAGGCUUCCUGGCUGGCCUCAUUGCCAGCAUGCAUGAUCGAUGCGAGGCUGAUAUUCAAGCCGGUGGGAUGCAUGGGAAGCUGUUUUUGAAGCCGGUGGGAGGCAUCCUCGGAAUUAAGAUUAACACCUAA